AUUGACGUUUCACAAUUUACUUUUCUUUACAAACACGAGCAACCGAUAAUUUAUUUUUUCCUUAUAUUACUUCCGUGUACUAUUUCUGCUACAAUCAAGACAACAUGUCCAAUGAUUAUGGUUUUAAUAGUGACGAUUCCCCCAAUAAAACCAAUUCUCAUUUACAACUCCCAAGCCCCAUAAUUACGAGACGGAACCGUACUGCGUCAACAUCGGAUAGAGCUUUAGUUAACCCAUUGGAAAGUGGGAAAAUCAAAUCAUUUUGUCGCGAAAAAGGUCAUGGUUUUGUUACACCGGAAAAAGGAGGCGCCGACAUUUUCGUACAUAUCUCUGAUAUUGAAGGUGAGUUUGUUCCACUGCCUGGUGAUGAGGUAAUAUAUCGCCUCUGUCCAAUCCCACCCAAAUUUGAGAAGAAUCAAGCAGUGCAUGUACGUAUAGUGCACCUCACACCAGAAAAACACCUCAAAUGGGAUCAACCACCUCUGUAACAUUCCAAGUCAAGUCCACCAAGCAUACAUUACCUGAACCGUUUACAAGAUAUUUUGCAUAUAAUCUGAUGUUGUAUAUGUUCCCUUAAAUAUACUCUCCAAUUCCUGUAUCAGUUAACAAAGUUUCAAGUUGCACAAAAUGUGUUCACAAACAUAUCAUGUUUUGGUGGAUGAUAAGGAAAGGUGUGUCUUUGAACACCUGUGAAGAAA